AUGGAAGGAGAAAAAAUAAAAUCCAACAGUAUUUCAAAUUUUUCUGUCACGUAUGAUAGAGAAUCCGGUGUUAACAGCAACAGCGAUGACAGAAGUGAAAGUAGUAGUGAAAAUGAGUCUAAUUCAUUUAUGAAUAUGACAAGCGAUAAAAAUGAAAAAACAGAAAAUAAUAGUUUUGCAUUAAAUAAUAGCAGUUUUGUAAACAUGAAAGAUAGUUUAUUAGAGUCGAUAGAUUUGAGUGUAUUAGAUUCAAACUUUGAUACGAAAAAAGAUUUUUUACCAAGUAAUUUUUCAAAAAAUUUUAAUAAUUUAUCAAAAGAAAAUAUUAGUAAUAAAUAUUUAAAUAAAUUUUUAAAUAAAAGUGAUUCGAUGUUUAUGUCGAAGAGUAAAGACAUGAACUUAACGGACGCAAGUAAUAAUAAUGUGAACAUAUCCGUAAAAAAUAACACGAAAAAAGAAAUUUUUAUGGAUGCCGCAACAGCAUCUUUAAAUGCGAACGAGGAAAAUGCAAUGAAUAAUUUAAAAAAGUUUACGAAUACAAAUAAUAAUAUUAAUGAUACAUAUGAAAAGAAAAUAAUCGAAACCGAGUUAAGUGAUUCCAGUGAUUUUGAAAACAUGGUAGGUGAUUUAAGAAUCACUUUUAUAAAUUGGUUAAAGAAGACACAGAUGAAUUUUAUACGAGAAAAAGAUAAAUUGUUUAAAGACAAAAAGGAAUUAGAAAUGGAAAGAAUACGGUUAUACAAAGAAAUUGAAAAUAGGAAAAUUAUAGAAGAGCAGAAAAUACAUGAUGAAAGAAAGAAGUUGGACAUUGAUAUAUCUAAUGGCUAUAAACAAAUUAAAAAAGAAAAAGAAGAACAUAGAAAAAGAUUUGAUGAAGAAAGAUUGAGAUUCCUUCAAGAAAUAGAUAAAAUAAAAUUAGUUCUCUAUUUGGAAAAAGAGAAGUAUUUUCAAGAAUAUAAAAAUUUUGAAAAUGAUAAAAAAAAAAUUGUUGAUGCAAAUAUUGCAACUGAAACUAUGAUAGAUAUUAACGUUGGGGGAGCUAUUUUUGAAACAUCCAGACAUACGUUAACUCAACAGAAAGAUUCUUUUAUAGAAAAACUAUUAAGUGGUAGAUAUCAUGUAACAAGAGAUAAACAGGGUAGAAUAUUUUUAGAUCGUGAUAGUGAAUUAUUUAGAAUUAUAUUAAACUUCUUAAGAAAUCCUUUAACUGUUCCAAUACCAAAAGAUUUGAGUGAAAGUGAAGCAUUAUUAAAAGAGGCAGAAUUUUAUGGUAUUAAAUUUUUACCCUUCCCAUUAGUAUUCUGUAUAGGUGGUUUUGAUGGAGUUGAAUAUUUAAAUUCAAUGGAAUUGUUAGAUAUUAGUCAGCAAUGUUGGCGUAUGUGUACACCAAUGUCCACUAAAAAAGCAUAUUUCGGUAGUGCAGUUUUAAACAAUUUCUUGUAUGUAUUCGGAGGAAAUAAUUAUGAUUAUAAAGCAUUAUUUGAAACAGAAGUGUAUGAUCGUUUGAGAGAUACAUGGUUUGUUUCAAGUAAUUUAAAUAUACCAAGAAGAAAUAAUUGUGGUGUUACAUCCAAUGGUAGAAUUUAUUGUAUUGGUGGUUAUGAUGGUUCCUCCAUUAUACCAAAUGUUGAAGCUUAUGAUCAUCGGAUGAAAGCAUGGGUAGAAAUUGCACCUUUAAAUACUCCAAGAUCUUCAUCCAUGUGUGUAGCUUUUGACAAUAAAAUAUAUGUUAUAGGUGGAACAAAUGGAGAGAGAUUAAAUUCAAUUGAAGUAUAUGAAGAAAAAAUGAAUAAAUGGGAACAAUUUCCAUAUGCAUUAUUAGAAGCUAGAAGCUCAGGUGCAGCUUUUAAUUACUUAAAUCAAAUAUAUGUCGUUGGAGGUAUUGAUAAUGAACAUAAUAUUUUAGAUUCAGUAGAGCAAUAUCAACCUUUUAAUAAAAGAUGGCAAUUUUUAAAUGGUGUUCCAGAAAAAAAAAUGAAUUUUGGAGCAUCUACUUUGUCAGAUUCCUAUAUAAUUACAGGAGGAGAAAAUGGAGAAGUAUUAAAUUCGUGUCACUUUUUUUCUCCAGACACAAAUGAAUGGCAAAUUGGGCCUUCUCUGCUUGUUCCAAGAUUUGGGCAUUCUGUGCUGAUAGCCAACAUAUAA